AGCAGUUUUUUUAUUCGUCAAGAUGGCGGCCUCUAACAAGAGGAAGCGAGUCAGUCACCAGUUCGCGAACAGCAACAACAGUGAAGGCGCUUCAACUUCGAGAGCAAACAAUACGCUUCAUUCAGUUGGAGAUGACAAAAAAGACCACUUUGUUGAGGGGUCCAUUGUCAGGAUUUCAAUGGAAAAUUUCUUAACCUAUGACAGGUGUGACGUGUAUCCAGGACCGAAUCUGAACAUGAUUGUGGGAGCUAACGGCACCGGGAAAUCGAGCAUAGUUUGUGCCAUCUGCUUGGGGCUCGCAGGAAAGACAGGAUUUUUAGGAAGAGGCGAUAAAGUUGGUCUUUAUGUAAAACGAGGGUGCAGCAAGGGUUCCAUUGAAAUUGAAUUGUACAAGUGUGAAGGCAAUCUUAAGAUAAAUCGAGAAAUUCACGUUGAAAACAAUCAGUCCACAUGGAUGAUCAAUGGCAAACAUGCAAGUCAGAAAACUGUGGAAGAGGCAGUGAAAGCACUUCAAAUACAAGUUGGAAAUCUGUGUCAGUUUCUGCCUCAGGAGAAGGUUGGGGAGUUUGCCAAGAUGAGUAAAGUCGAGCUACUAGAAGCAACUGAAAAGUCCGUUGGGCCACCGGAGAUGUACCGAUUCCACUGCGAAUUAAAAAACUUCCGUUCAAAGGAAAGGGAGUUGGAGAAUAUUUGCAAGGAGAAGGCGGGUCUCCUUGAGAAGAUGGGCCAUCAGAACGAGCGUUACAAACGGGAUGUGGAACGUUACUAUGAGAAGCAGCGUCACUUGGAUGUUAUCAACAUGCUAGAGAGAAAAAAGCCCUGGGUGGAAUACGAGACUGUUAGGAGGCAAAUUUUAGCAGUAAAGAGUGAGCGAGACAAGGUUAAGAGUGAACUGAAAAAGCUGCAGGAUGAACAAGCACCAAUGCUAAACAAAAUUAAGUCAGUUGAAAGCCAGCUUAAACCCCUUGACAACAAGAUGAAAGAAAAGAAUAUACAGAUGAAAGAAGCUUGGCAGAAAUGCAAGAUCAAACAAGACCAAUUGGAUCGAAAGGACAAAGAGAUCGAGGAUAUCCAGCAGGCACUGAGUCUGAAACAGACAGAGGAGGCAGACCGGCAGAAAAGGAUCAAUAACACCAGGAGGAUGAUUGAUGACUGGCAAGCGGAGCUCAACUCGAUCGGCAGCCAGGACGACGUACAGCCCAAGAUUGACAGCAUCAAUGGGCAGCUGAGGCACAUACAGGAGGAGAAGGCAAAAAUUGAUAGUGAACGUGCAGAUGUGAAGAGGGAGUGGGAGAACCAGAAGUAUGAAAGAGAAAAGUUAAAAAUUGAGCUCCGGAAGCAUGAAGAUUUGAUGAUUCGUAAAGAGGAGAAGCUGAAGGAGAGAUACCGUGACACUUACAACGCCAUGAUGUGGCUUAGAGAGAACCGGAACCUCUUCAGGGGCAACGUCUACGAGCCCAUUAUGCUUGUGGUCAAUGUAAGAGAUGCUCAACAUGCAAAGUAUAUUGAGAACCAAGUUUCAAUUAAUGACCUCCGGGCUUUUGUGUUCCAAAAGCAAGAGGACAUGGAAGCAUUUAUGAGCGAGGUACGUGACAAACAAAAAUUACGGGUUAAUGCUGUGAUCGCUCCUCCUCAAUCAUGUGCCAACAAACCACCACCACGACCGAUUGAGGCAUUACGACGCUAUGGCUUUUUCUCUUACUUAAGAGAAUUGUUUGAUGCCCCAGAAGAAGUUAUGAGUUACUUGUGCAACCAAUACAAAGUAAAUGAAAUUCCAGUGGGAAAUGAACAGACCAAAGCAAUGAUUGAAACUGUGAUAAAAGAGUCGCAGCUGAGACAGAUUUUCACUGCUGAGGAAAAGUACACGGUGAAGAAAUCUGUCUACUCCAACAAAACCAUCACCAGUAACACUGCGCUGCGUCCCUCUCAGUUCCUGACUUCAGCUGCGGAUGCCGAUACCAGAAGGCAGCUGGAGGGGCAGCUGCAGACUGCUCAACAGAAAUUACAGGAGUUAGAAUUGCAGAUGAGAGCCUUUGCUGAACAGCAGACCCAGCUGGACCGUCGAGAUAACGAUCUGAGGAAUCAAAAGAAAGAGCUGUCCGAGCUGAAGGGAAAGAAGAGGCAGCUGGAACAAAAGAUCAGCACCAAGCUAGACAGUCUGAAACAGAUGGAGCAGAACGGCAUAAACCUAAAAGAGGAGGAGGGAAAAACAAAAGAAAAAAUAAAAGCAGUUAAUACUGAGAAGGUCACCAUUGUAUCAGAUUUAAUUGAGAGUAUGAAAAAAAGAGUAAAACUGAACAUGGACAGGGUAUACCUGGCUCUUGACAGUGUGCAGUUAACUGCAAAGAAGACAAAACUUGAAACUGACUGCAGAGAGGCUUCUGCCCGCCUGAGAGUUCUGGAGGACAAAUAUUUGGAGUUGGAGAGAAAGAAGCAUACUCUGGUGUGUGAUUGCAAAGGCUUAAUGAAAAAAGCUCAGGAGAUCUGCAACUUGGACCCAGGGCAGAGCGAUGUCCCUCAGGAUCUCCAUGAUGUCUUCAAACAGUUUCCAGAUACUGUGGAUGAAAUAGAUGCACUUCUGCAUGAAGAGAGAUCAAGAGCAGAGUGCUUCACAGGUGUAAAUUCUUCGGUGCUUGAUGAAUAUGCAGAGAGAACACAGGAAUAUGAUAACUUGAAAGUAGAACUCGACAAAAAAACAAAAGCAUUACAAGAAUACAGAGAGAGCAUUUCUCAGGUAAAGGAAAGGUGGCUGAACCCAUUGAAGCUGCUGGUGGAGCAAGUCAAUGAGAAGUUCAGCGAUUUCUUCCGUUCCAUGCAGUGUGCUGGAGAGGUUGACCUUCACUCUGACAAUGAGGAGGAGUAUGACAAGUACGGGAUACGUAUCCGUGUGAAGUUCCGCAGCAGCACCCAGCUCCACGAGCUGACUCCUCAUCACCAGAGCGGAGGGGAGCGCAGCGUGUCCACCAUGCUCUACCUCAUGUCCCUGCAGGAGCUCAACCGCUGCCCGUUUCGAGUCGUGGAUGAGAUCAAUCAGGGCAUGGAUCCCAUUAAUGAACGAAGAGUCUUUGACAUUGUUGUGCGAACGGCUUGCAAAGAAACAACCUCCCAGUAUUUUUUUAUAACACCCAAGCUACUGCAGAACCUGACCUACGCUGACGAGAUGACGGUUCUUUGUGUUCACAACGGCCCAUACAUGCUUCCUCCUGCCAAGUGGAAUUUAAAAGCUUUUGAAAGGCGAAGGCAGCGAGUUCAGCGGUUACUGGCUUGAAGUAUUUACCUGUGGAAUUCCACACCACCUGCUAAUGUGCCUUGACAGAUUCCUGAUUGUCUUUAGACAUUGCAGCCCGUCUGUUUACAUUUUAUACUUUUUUUUUCCUUUUCAUAUAAUUGUUACUGUUACUGAUGUUAAUAAAAUUGCCAAAAUGUCUACGGAAAUCUUUAAAUAGGUUAAAUAUACGUCUUGUUUAAGGCAUAGCACAGAAUCCUAACAAAUGGAAAAUUGUCCGAUGUUUUCAGCUCCUGAUGUUCUAUUGUGAAAUGCCACUGACCAUAACUUGAUUUUGUCACAUGACUUAAUGUUCCCAAAUCCAAACAGUAUGUGUGGGUAAGUGGAUGUUCUGGCAACCAAGAGUACAGUCCUGAAGUGAUGACUGCUGUAGGAUGGACCAAAAGUACAUAGUGGACUAAUGCACAGUAAUGCAGAAGUUGUUGCAAGCCUUUUUAGUACUAUAGAAGCAUACCUGUUAUUUAAAUAAAUUGUCAUUUUUUGAAGGAUUACUUGACAGUUGUCAGCAACUGAAGUCUAUGCCUGACAUCUUAAGGCCACUUUUAAGUCAUGCCAUAUGAAGUGAUAUUUUUUUACAUGAUUUUACCUAAACAAGGGAGAAGAUAAUUUGCAACGAAUUUUUGCACAGCAAAACACGAGAUGAUCACGUACACGUGGCACACAGAAUUAUGAUCAACAUUUUCAGGUUUACUUAUUGUAUAUUGCAGUUGAUUAAAAAAAAUACUAACAACUGUUGCCUGCAUGGACAAAAUCUGACACUGGCAGACAACAACUGUGUAGAAGAAUGGAAAAUCUAUUUUAAAAUUUUCUGCCUUACAGUGGAGUGACAUUAGUAUUAUUUCACGUUUUCAAAUUAAUUUAAUAUUGAAAAAGACAAGAAACAUCUGCAACACUGCGAGUGUGUUGUUCUGUGUGUUAUACGUGAUUAUGUUGCCUUUACCAAUUAUAGUAUAUUUGAUGGAAUUUAUUCUGAGAAUCUGAAACAUCACUUGAAAUUCACCAAUUUCAUAAAAGUAGUAAUGGGACCAAAACAAUCCUGUUUCUGGCAUACUGACAUUUUAUUGAAUGGGCAUGAUAUUAUGUUGAUUAACAUUUUAAAGGAGGUAGGAUCUACAGUGCAAUUUACAGGCUAAUAGCAUGGAGCACUUGUUAGGUGUAAUGUAAGCUGUACAUCUGUGGCUCUUGCUUUAUACUGAGCUUUCAAUGGUGUCUUGUGGAGUUAAGACUUUUUGUGUGCCUGGUCUCUGACCCCCAAAAUGAAACACAUUUCUGCGUUUUCCACAAUUGUUUAAAAAGCUCAAGUUUGCUAAAUAAGGCAUCCAUUACAUGAUUGUUCUCAUCUCGUGCAAAUAAUUUACACAAGCAGUAUCCAGACGUGUUGUCUGCAGGAAGAGCAGUAGGUGAGGUCUCAGGGCUUGAUCAGUGUAGCACUGUACAGUAAGGCUGGUAUCACUCAUUGUGAAUGAAGUUCUAUAGCAACUAGACAAUCCUACAUGGUCCAACGAUCUCAGUGGUUUGCUGUGAUUUAUGGUCUCCCUCGUUGCCUGUAACCGAUGUUAUAAAGAAAUACAAUUCAUGUUGCCGUGUUGGAAAUGGCUGGUUAAGAACAACAAAAAAUAUAACAUUUUGAUACUUUG